AUGUUCCGUAGUGAAGCUCGUCUCAUAAUGGUGCUCAAUACUACUGUCGUCAAAUUGGAGGAUUUGACGUCUUUGGUCGAAAUUACCUAUAAAAUCGAGGCGUUUUUAUUAUUUCUCAGGUAAUUGAGGGGUCAUGAAAUGGUUGAAAAUGGUUUAUAAGGUCCAAAAUACAUUUUUUAAAAUUUAUUUUGAGGUUAUAAAUUUUUUCGAUAAUGGUGACGUAGAUGUUAGAGGGAUCCCCCUGGGUAAAUUCUUUUUUAAUUUUGUUUUUCCAGGUGGAUAUUUAUGUACUUUUGUUUGUUUUGACUUUUAUCACUCGAAAAUGAAAAAUAAUGACGUCAUUUUUGAUGAUUUCAAGCUACAAUUAACAAGUAAAAAAACGCAAAAAUGACGUCAUAUGCUGGUGAUAAUGACGUCAUUUUCAUCCUAGUUCUCAUUAGUCACUAAGUUGUCCCACGAAAAUGCCUAGAUUUCUCUAAAAAUCUCCAGUUUUCGCUCACUAUUUCUCAAAUCUCUCCGAGACCAUUUUUUUGGAAAUGAAAAAUGACGGGUAGAAUAUUUGGUGAACCUAUUUUCUACCCGCAUAAGUCCCGCGGGAGGCCUUUUCCGCCUACUCACUCUGGAUUGGGGUCUGUAGCAUGUCUGAUACACCUAGGCAACUCUAGGGGUCACUUAAGAGUGCUGGAACCCCUAAAGUGACCACUAGAACUUCUAGAAGUAGACCACCGACUUUAGGGAUCACUUAAAAGGGUUGACGUCACUGAAGUUGUCACUAGAAAUGCUAGAAAUGCUAGAAAUGGAAAUGCAUGUCUAGGAAUCACUUGAGAGCGCUGACGUCCCCGAAGUGGCCCCUAGAACUUCUAGAAGUAGACCAGCGACUCUAGGGAUCACUUAAGAAUGCUCUCACCCCAAAAGUGGACCCUAGAAAUGCUAGAAAAAAAAAUGCAAGUCUAGGAAUCACUUGAGAACGAUGACGACCCUAAAGUGUCCCCUAGAACUGCUAGAAGUAGGCAUGUGACUCUAGGGAUCACUUUAGACCGCUGACGUCCCGAAAGUGACCCCUAGAACUUCUAAAAGUAGACCAGCGUCUUUAGAGAUUACUUAAGAGGGUUCUCGUCCCUGAAGUGGCCCCUAGAACUUCUAGAAGUAUACCAGCGACUCUUGGGGAUCACUUAAGAAGGUUCAAGUCCCUAAAGUGUCCCCUAGAACUGCUAGAAGUAGACAUACGACUCUAGGGACCACUAAAGUGUGCUGACAUCCCUGAAGUGGUCACUAGGAAGGCUAGAAAUAUAAAUUCAACUCUAGGGAUCACUUAAGUUUGCUGACGCCCCUGAAGUGGCCCCUAGAACUGCUAGAAGUAGACAUACGACUCUAGGGACCACUAAAGUGUGCUGACAUCCCUGAAGUGGUCACUAGGAAGGCUAGAAAUAUAAAUUCAACUCUAGGGAUCACUUAAGUUUGCUGACGCCCCUGAAGUGGCCCCUAGAACUUCUAGAAGUAGACAUACGACUCUAGGGACCACUAAAGUGUGCUGACACCCCUGAAGUGGCCCCUAGAACUUCUAGAAGUAGACAUACGACUCUAGGGACCACUAAAGUGUGCUGACACCCCUGAAGUGGCCCCUAGAACUUCUAGAAGUAGACAUACGACUCUAGGGACCACUAAAGUGUGCUGACACCCCUGAAGUGGCCCCUAGAACUUCUAGAAGUAGACAUACGACUCUAGGGACCACUAAAGUGUGCUGACACCCCUGAAGUGGCCCCUAGAACUUCUAGAAGUAGACAUACGACUCUAGGGACCACUAAAGUGUGCUGACACCCCUGAAGUGGCCCCUAGAACUUCUAGAAGAAGACAUACGACUUUAGGGACCACUAAAGUGUGCUGACACCCCUGAAGUGGCCACUAGAACUUCUAGAACUAGACAUUCCACUCCAGGGAUAACUUAAGAGAGCUGAAACCCCUAAAGUGGUCACUAGAAAUGCUCAGAACUGUCCAAGGCGCGUCUGAAAUCCGAGUAACUCUGUGAGUUCAGUGGAGCGCACUUGCUAAAUUAAAAAAUCGAAUAUAUUCAGUUGAAGUGGGAAUUAUCAUUUUUAAAAAUUGCGGAUUCUACAAGAAAAAUGAUGAAAAAUUUCAGUUGGAUUGAAUUUUGCUACACGUUUUAUCUGCUAAUGUUCGUCAGGGCCAUGCAUUUCAACCUGAAUUUUCUAUUCAUUAAUUACGGCGGCCAAUAUUUUUUCUCGAUUUUGGCCCGUUGUGUAACGAUAUAUUAUCAAUUGCGGCAACAGGAAGAGGGUGUGUGGAAAAAAAGGACUUGGAAAUUUAAAAAAAAAAAAAACAAGAGAGGAAAUUUCAUUCGGAGGUUGGAAAUUUCCUGAAAAUUGGCCAGAAUGCUUCUAGAGGUACCAGAUGAAGGUUCUGACUCAACCUGGGAAAGGUCCUAGUUAUCGAUAAACAAGGUUCAAAAUAACCUAUGUAAACGCAUUUUGUGGGCUCAGAGACGCAAUGAAACCUAUUUUAAUGGGUUUUCAAGGCUUUCGUUGAUUUCAAGGUGUUCCUUGGGUUCUCAGAACCUCGAGAAACCUCUUUGUAAGUAUUUUCAGAGUUUUUUCCGAUUUUGAGGUGUUCUUCAGAGGCUCAAAGCCCAAAAAAGGCCUAUUUUAACGGAUUUCGAGAAUUUUCUCUGAUUUUGAGGUGUUUUUGGUGGCCUAAAGUCUUCAAAUAGUCCAUUUCAAACCGAUUUUUAGGGUUUUUAUUUGACUAAGAAGCGUUUUUCGGGUUUUCAGAGCCUCGAAAAACCUCUUUGUAAGGAUUUUUAGGCUUUUUUCCGAUUUUAAGGGGCCUCUCAAUGAACUGAAAGUGUCCAAAACCCAUAUUUUGACCGAUUUCCAUGGUUUUCUUUGGCUUCCAGGUGUUCUUUUGGUGCUGAAAGUCUCAAAAAACCUAUUUCAACAGAUUAUGGAGACUUUCUUUGACUUUGGUGUGUCGUUUCUCAAAAACUUGGAAGUUUUUCAGGGGGAUAUUUUCAGAACCUUUUUCUGGUACAUCAGAGAGUAUUCAGGCCAAUUUCUAGGAAAUUUCCAGCCUCAAGAAAAAAGACCCUCCUUGUGAAAUAAAAAAUGCGAUUUUUAUUCAAAAUCGUUAAUAUUCAGAUGAAGAAUCACAAGAAAUCCUUUAUUAUGCGAGUUUUGUCCGCACGAUUUGCUUAUUUAUAGCUUUCUAUAUAUUGCCAACUUUCACCGUUGAAAGGUACCCUUAUUCCGAAUUUCGAGAAUUAUAAAAAUCCAGAAUAUUCGCCACGUUUCUCGUGAAAGACUACGAGAAAAAGUUCCGUUUUUGGGUUUCUUUUGUCAUUUUAUCGGUUUUUCAUCCGUUUUGCUUCACUUCUGGCUUCAUUUAUAUUCAGUGUAAGUUCCUAAAACCUUGAGAGGAGUUUUAAAAAAGGUCGCAUUUGGAAUGGCUUAAAAAAUGAGAUACUCCCUUGGUUUUGAAAAAUUUCAGUUUUUUUCGUCGUUCUAUUUUUGAUCCGUUUUAUGACAUUUUUUUGAGAGAAAAAAAUUUAAAAAUCUAAUUUUGAACUCAAAAAAAGAUCUGAAAUAUAUGAAAAAAAUCUUGAAACGAAUUUUUUUAAAAUUGUGAUUUUUUUAAUUUUUGAAAUUUUUUUAGCUUUAUUCUCUUUUUAAACUUUUUAAAAUAUUUUUUUAUGGUACAAAUAUUUUUUUGUGGCAUGAGGUACAAAAAGGUAAAAAAAUGUCAGAACUGUGAAAUUUUGAAUUUCUCCGGCUUUUUACUGCUUGAAAUUUUUUUCCAGGCCUUUUUUUAAUCUUAUUUUUCAAAAUUUAGAACAAAAAAAGAAAAGAAAAGCUUUCUGAUUCUAAAUAAGCGAAAAAAAUGUUUAAUUUUUUUGUGAUUUUUUUGUGAAUUUUUUUCAUAGAUUUAUAACUAGUAGCUUUUGAGAAACUUUCGCCAAACAAAUUUAAACAAUCACUCAAAAAACGUCUAAAUUUUAAGAUUAUGGUUUUUUUUUGGCUUUUUACUAUUCGGAAUCUAUUUUUUCAGGCCUUUUUUCUCACUUAAAAGCUUUGAAAUUGAAAAAAAAUAAUUCUAAACCAUUCAAAAAUCCUUUUUCCAGGCCUUGUCCCAGUUUGGGCUCAUGUUCUGAGUUUCAUCUUUCUGAAUUUAUUAGGAUAUAUCGUUCUCUUACUGGUCCUACGACGAAAUCUGAAAAGACACACGUUAGUUUGGUCAAAAAAGUGAAAGAAAAUGGGAAAAUUCAGAAGUUUAAUCGAAUGUUCUCACAAAUUCGGUCGGCAUUAUUCAUUAAGCGAGCGAUUUCAAGUCGCCGAAAAUGUCAAAACUUGUGAGGUUUGCCCAAAAUAAGUAGGAAAACGUGAAAUUGACAUGUUUAGCUCCUAAAAAGUGUCCAAGGCGUGAUAAUCGUGUUCAAUAUCGGCUCGACUUUGAUGUUGUUAAUGGACGAGUUUGCAGUCCCACCCAAGAUUCUCUGUAUUUCCUAUCUUCUCUUUAAUUUUUUUUGCCUAGCGUGAGUUUUAAGCUCCAAUUAAGGUAGAGGGGUCACUAGAGGGGUUAGGGGGAAAGCAGCCCCUGAAGGGUACAUAAUUAGGCUCCCUAGAGGGGUCAAAUCGAAAUUUAGUGGCCACUUUAGAGUUUUGACGUUUUAGCGGCCACUAUAUAGUCAAUGUUUCCCGACUUGAAAGGCGAGGGAGGCGGGGCGACUCAGCACGGAUGGCGCACGGUGCAUUCUGCUUUUUUUGCACUCUGGUGCUAAACUGGAGUCUGCGCCGUGCAGUUUUGAUGCUUUUUUGGUGUCGCACUGGUGCAGCGCGCUAAAAGCACUGAUUUGACACCAAAAAGUCACCGAAAUCGCACGGUGUAGACCCUAAUUACGCACCAGAGUGCAAAAAAGUAGAAUGCACCUUACGCCAUACUUGCUGAGGAGGGGCGGGACGCGUAGCGUGUGCGUACGCGGUCCUUGGCACGUGUCCAAUUCAACCGCCAUCGACUCUUUGAAAAGCCCGUUUUCCGCUUUUUUCAUUCCCUUUUCAAUUAAUUAUUGAUUAUGUUCAUGUUUGCAUCAAAAAAUAGUAGAAAAAAUUGAAAAAGAGCGGUUGCCGAGCUUUUCAAAUAGUUGGCGGCAAUUGAAUUGAACACGUGCCAAGAACCGCGAACGCACACGCUACGCGUCCCGCCCCUUGCCCCGCCUCCUUCCUCUUUCAAGUCGGGAAACAUUGACUAUAGUAAUCUGGACCACUACUAGUUUUAGUGGCCACGAAGACGCAAAAUAGUGGCAUCUAUAAGUUUUCAGUGACCACCUAAGUCUCCUAUCCAAGUCUCUUGAGGGGCCACUUGAGAUUUUCACACUUAGCUGGUUCAUACAGGAGUUUAGGAUCUGACCCCGAAGCCCCUAAGUGCUCCCUAUAAGGAUCUUUUUAAUUUUUAGAAUGGAUUAUUUAAGUGUCCUCUAUCGACAGCUAUGGUGUCCCUGAAAAUGAGAAUUUUUAGAUACGGUAUGGUUUUACCCGUCGUGGUGCAUGCACACUUGCCCGAAUGGCAAAGGGAAACGACAAGAUUGGUGGGUAUAUCUGUAGAAGAAUUAUUGAAAAGAAAAUUCAAGAAAUCCAAUUGAAAAGGUUGAAUUUUGAACUAGUGAGGCCGGCAUUUAUGCUGGGAAUUCGGCUUUUUCAAGAGCAUUUUUUAAAAGUUCGAUUAUUUUCUUCAGAUGGCCUGCGGCAGAAAAACGAGCCAAGUGCAGCCGAAAUCGACCCUCGGCGAACAAAUGAUCUACAAAGAUCAUCGGAAAGAAACGGAGAUUUAUUUCUCCCAGUUGAGGAACGCCUUCAAUGAACCGGCGCCCCACAGGACGCGAAGAAUCAACGGGAGAAUCGCUUGA